AUGUUCCCCUCGAACAUCAUCAGCACAGGCGGUGACGAAGUGAACUUAGUGUGCUACGAGGACGACUACGAGACACAGUACGACUUGAACAGCACUGGUCGCACGCUUAACAGCGCGCUCAACGACUUCGUCAUGGGCACGCACGGCGCGCUCAUUGCUAAGGGCAAGACACCUGCCGUAUGGGAAGAGAUGGUCCUCGACUUCAACCUGACAUUGUCUAACGAGACGAUUGUCUACGUCUGGAUUUCCUCGGACGACGUUUCUGCGGUCGUCGACAAGGGCUUCCGUGUCGUCCACGCUACGUCAAGCUACUUCUACCUCGAUUGUGGUGCAGGUGAAUGGAUCGGCGACGACCCCAACGGUAACAGCUGGUGCGACCCCUUCAAGACCUGGCAAUACACAUACACCUUCGACCCGUACGCGAACCUGACCUCCGACCAAUACCACCUCAUUAUGGGCGGCCAAGCCAACAUCUGGACGGAGCAAACAGACUCGUCGAACAUCCAGUCGAUCGUCUGGCCGCGUGCAGCAUCUUCCGCGGAGGUCUUCUGGACCGGCCCCGGCGGGAACGGGACGACCGCGCUGCCGCGCCUGCAUGCGCUCACCUUCCGCAUGGUCCAGCGAGGCCUCAAAGCGAUCCCGCUCCAGCCGUAUUGGUGCGCGAUCCGCCCGUACGAGUGUGACCUCUACUGGUAA